GCCAUUUUUCAAUCAAUUCAGAAGAAAUUUUCUUGUGGCGUGGUUAGCGAUAGUUCCCUAGCAAAAAUUGUUAUUCGUAGAGAAUUUAGAAAAUACACAUUGCUGAUAUUUGUUUAAAAACUGAGAAUGGAUAAUUAUAAUGCAGGAGGUGGUUAUGGUGGCGCUGGUGGCGGAGGAGGUUACAAUAACUUCUCCGUACCACCGCCAAAUUUCCAGCAGCAGAUGCAACCAAAAAGUGGUGGUUACAAUGACCAAUCUUCUUAUAAUAAAGGAGGUUAUGAUUCUGGUAGCCGAGGAGGUGGUGGAGGCGGUGGUGGUGGUUGGAACGACCGCGGAGGUAGCGCAGGCGGCGGUUAUGGAAAUGGAGGCGGCAGCAAGGACGGCUACAAUAAAGGCGGUUUUGGUGGCAGUAGCGGCGGCGGCGGCGGUAGUGGCAAUGAAAUGAUAACGCAAGAAGAUACGAUUUUUGUCUCAGGAAUGGAUCCUGCAACCGAUGAAAUGGCAAUCGAAUCCCAUUUCGGCGCAAUCGGCAUAAUAAAGAAAGAUAAACGUACAAUGAAGCCAAAAAUUUGGUUGUACAAGCAUAAAGAAACGGGCGUUUCCAAAGGUGAAGCUACUGUAACCUACGAUGAUACAAAUGCCGCUCAGUCGGCUAUUGCUUGGUUUGAUGGUCGCGAUUUCAAUGGUUGCACGAUUAAAGUUUCGUUAGCUCAACGUCAAAACAACUGGAAAGGCCGUGUUGGUGGUGGUGGCGGUGGUGGUUUUGGUGGUCGCGGUGGCCCUGGUGGUGGUCGUGGAGGAGGUGGUGGUGGCGGCGGUGGCCGAUUCGAUCGUGGAGGCGGCGGUGGUGGCGGGCCAGGCGGUGAUUAUGAUUCGGGCCGCGGCGGUGGCAGCGAUCGUGGCGGUCGUGGCAGGUUAGGUAGUGCCGGAAAUGGCGGCGGUGGUGGUGGCGGCAGUAAUGUACCACAACGCGAAGGAGACUGGAAAUGUAGUAGUUGUAACAAUACAAACUUUGCCUGGCGUAACGAAUGUAAUAGAUGCAAAGCGCCGAAAAGUGAUGGUGAAAGUGCCGGAGGUGGAAGCGGAGGCGGUGGCUAUGGUAAUAGUGGUGGUGGUGGUGGUGGUUAUGGCGGUGGCGGCGGCGGUGGAGGUUUCGGCAACGAUCGCGGCAGUGGUGGUGGCGGUUAUGGUAAUAAUGAACGAGGAGGUGGGGGCGGCGGAUAUGGAAACAGAGACCGCGGAAGUGGUGGUGGCGGCGGAGGUGGCUUCAACCGAUUUGGUGGUGGUGGUGGCCGAGGUGGCGGCGGUGGAGGUGGCCGCGGAAUGGGCGGUGGUCGUCGCGAUGGUGGCGGUGGCCCUGUUAGAAGCGAUGGAGGCAAUCGGCCUAGACCCUACUAAAUAUGUGGAUCGUCAUGAGUUUUUAAGUUAUAUAUGUAUUUUAGAACACUUUUUUAAGUAAUUCAUAUGUAUCGUAAUAUGAUUACAAUAAUUACAGCAAUUCAAAUAUCAGCAGUUCACAAUGAAAGUAAAAAAAGAUGUAUUAAAAAUAAUAAUGACAAAUGUAUAUUACAGUUCAGAAUUUUUCGGAAUAAACAGACGUCAUAAUGUUUUAAUUUUAAUGAACAAAA